AUGGGCGCGAUUCAGAUGGGCGGCGACACCUGGAAGAAGCGCCUGGCAGAGAUUUGCCGCAAGCUGGUCUUCGAGGAGGUCGGCGAAGAGGAGACCUAUGACUAUAUCUACGGAAAGUACAAGGCGAACGACGAAGUCGACGCCAAGGCGUUCUGUCUGGAGGAGGUACGGCAUUGCCAGCCGACCAGGCUGGGUCCACAGCCGCCGCUCAAGGCGACGGAAGAGGCCAUGCGCUCCGUCAUUUGCCAGAAUCGCUGUGCGAACAACGCGGCAGCUUACUUCGCGGCCACGGUGGCGGCACUGCAGAAGAGCGGGGAUGCGGAGGCCGCUGUUGCGCCGCUCCUUCUUAUACUCAGAAGGGCGCUGCCGGCUGUGCAAGCCUCCGUCGCGGGCUCCCGCCUCAACGAUGUGGUAGCGGCUUUGGCCCCGGCGCUUCGGAGCCAGUCCAGCGACGCGGUCGUGCGGCAGGCCCUCGCUUGUUUGACGUCGACAGCAGAGGCCUGCUACAAUGCGAAUGGGCGGCCCAACCGCAAGGUCUUGAAGCCCGCCUUCGCACUCCUCAGUGACGCGAGGACGACGGUGAGGAGACAGGCGGAACUCUCUGCAGUGUCCUUGUUGAAGCGGGCUGCGGACGCAAAGGAUCAGCAGACCGUCGACUUUGCCGUGCAGCACCUCACGCAGAUGCUGCAGUCGGCGAGAUCAGAUAAGAAGGCGAGCGCUGAGGAGAUUCCGGCGCAGCGUGCCGUUUCGCUGCUGCGCGCUAUCUCGAAGCUGCUGCCUGAUGAGUCACUUGGUGACAUCUUCGCGGCGCUGACGAGGCUGCCGGCACUGCUGGGGCAGCAUCCUUGUUGCAGUGCGGCUUUCGAGUUCGCUGCCGAACACCUCGCGCCGGAGGAGCAGUGGGACGACGAUGACGAGAUGAUGCCAGUCGAGGCGGAUCCGUCCAAAGCUGCUCUAGCCAUACGCUUUCUUCCAGGCCUCGUUGAAGUUCCGAUCACCCUGCUGAACAUCACGUAUGUUGGUGCCCUUGCACAGGCCCUGGCAGCUGCGGUUGCGGCAGUCUGCCGAGCGAAGCAGGCUCAUGCGACAAAGAUCCGGGCCACGCAGAAGAUCCUGUCCCUUUUCGCGGAGCAGGACCCGGGCCUCCUCAGAGCUGCGAGGGAAGCCUGCACGACAAUAUUUCAAGCUGCUGGCGAAGGAGGUGACGAAGCGUUCUUGCAGGAGCUCCUCGAGGCGGUUCGGCCUCUGCUCCGUUUCGAAGCCAAGGGAUCCUGGUGCCAGUCCCUGCCGGCGGUCACUGCUCUUUUUGCAGCUCUGGGUGGGCUUCGGGGACAGCUUGGCCAGUCCUGGCACGCUUAG